AUGGUUGUGUGUUGUGUGUUGUGUGUUGUGUGUUGUGUGUGGGCUGUUGAUACUGAUAACUACACCUCUGCAGGACCGCGCGAAAUCUCAGUCAACAACGUUGCAGCCGUGCGAGAUAUCCAUGGCUACGGCUCGGUCUGCCUCAAGGGGCCCUUCUACGACCUCAAUUACCCGUCCAGGUCGCUCCAGAUGACCAGAGACAAGGCGUUCCACUCGCGGAGACGCCGCACCUGGGACCGCGGCUUCAGUCCAAAAGCAUUGAGCGAGUAUGAGCCUCGCGUGUACCAGCACUGUCUGGAUCUGGUCAAGCAGCUCUCCAGACUGGCCGGGACGCCGGUCGACAUCGGCAAAUGGUUCAAGUACUUUGGCUUUGACGUCAUGGGCGACCUCAGCUUUGGACGGCCAUUCGACAUGCUGACCACCGGCAACCCUCAUUUCCUCUUUGGCAUGAUGGAGUCUAGCAAGCCUGUCGUGGGAACGCUCAUUGGCGUCCCCUGGCUCUUCAUUCUCUUCCAAAAGCUGCCCGGAAUCAGCCGUGUACGCUCAAACUGGAUCUCCUGGUGCGGCGUCCAGGUCCAAGAACGAAUGAAGCUGGGAACUACACGGCCUGAUCUAUUUUCAUACAUCCUGGGAAAUGAUCUCAGUGAAGCUACAUCGGAUGGAGACCUGACUUAUGACGCCGAAUUGGCCAUCGUGGCAGGCAGUGAGACCACAGCUCUCAACCUGACCACAGUCCUCUACCUCCUGGCACUCCAUCCAGAGCAGAAAAAGGCACUCCAGGCUGAGGUAGACCUCCUGAUACCCACCCUCGACCAGUUCUCACACCAGAAGCUCGCAUCCAGCCACCUCCUCGAAGGGUGCAUCAACGAAGGCCUACGGCUCUACCCUCCCGUCCCCAGCGGAGUGCAACGCCUGACACCCCCGCAGGGAGCAAUGAUCGCGGACAGAUGGAUUCCUGGAGACACGAUCGUCUCGACUCCCACAUACACUCUCCAUCGCGGUACGUAUCACCAUCUGCCAUCCCUGCUAGCUUGUUCCUUUUUUUUUUUUUCACAUUUGUUAUUUGUUUUCCAACACAUAGUUUCUUUUUCUAUUUUUACCUCAGAUCACGAUCUCCUUAUUUUUGCCUUUUCGUAUUUUCUCGGUCGUUUCCCUGUCCUCUCUUCUCUCUCUCUCUUCUCACAGAUACUUGAUAGCAGAUAUUUCGUACAGCCCAAUCAUUUCAUCCCCGAGAGAUGGUCGUCUAAGCCCGAGCUGAUCAUUCGCAAGGACGCGUUCAACCCGUUCCUGGCAGGUAGAUACUCCUGUGCCGGCCGUCCGCUCGCCAUGAUGGAGAUGCGCAUGCUGCUCGCGAUGGUCGUCCGGCUGUUCGACUUCAGCUUCCCCAAAGAGAGCCGUGCCGGCUCCGAGAAACUCUACGAUGGCAAGGGCGGAUUCAGAGACUACUUCACGGCUGGAGCCCCGACGGUUCCCCUGGUCUUUACCAAGCGGUCUCUCGAUACCGUAGCCAAUGGGACCUGA